AUGGCUACCAAAAGCCGCAUCAAAUCGGUCGCGGUCAUUGGUGCUGGGGCAGCAGGAGCGGCCACGGCAGCAGCCUUAAACGCAGAGAACUAUUUUGAACGUAUCCAGGUCUUUGAGCGAAGAGAAACAGCAGGUGGUACCUGGAUAUACGAUGCUGACCCGGACCCUCUCCCUCUAUAUCCAGGGAAGCUCCCCCCGGAUACCGAUCCUGCUCUAGAGAUUCCGGAAGCACUGCCUCGGAUCACGCCGCCUAUCGAACAGGAGCGAUGGACGAAAACACCGAUAUACAACUCUCUGACUACCAACGUGCCGGCAAUCGCGAUGUCUUUCUCAGAUUCUCCAUUUGCAUAUGGGCCGUUUGCACCACAUUACGUUCCGCGGCAAUAUGUGGAGAACUACUUCUCGAUUCACAAAACAGAUUCUCUCCUACAACUGAACACCACCGUCGAAGACAUCACGAAGCUGCCUUCGUCGAACGGGCAGAGCUCGGAACGCUGGAAACUUACUCUCAGGAAGCAUGAUGCCCUGCGCCGUGUGGACAUUUGGUGGGAAGAGGAGUUUGACGCGGUAAUCCUGGCGAACGGACACUAUGCCGUUCCUUAUAUUCCUCAAGUCAAAGGUUUGGAAGAAUACAUAGCAAUGUACCCCGACCGCAUAUCUCACUCAAAGGAGUACCGCGCGCCAGCAAUCUACGCUGGCAGAAAAGUGCUCGUCAUCGGCAAUUCAGCCUCAGGCCACGACGUCUCCCUCGACCUCGUGGGAGUAGCCAAUGCGCCGGUCUACCAAUCACGCCGCUCCAAGGCGCGCUGGGACGGCGAUGGUCCGCUUUCUGGGAUAGAGUGGAAACCCUUGAUCCGAGAAUACCUGCCCAGCGGCCGCAUCAUCUUCGAGGACGACUCAUACCUCGACGACAUCGAUGCAGUGCUAUACUGCACAGGCUACAAACCGAGCUUCCCAUUCUGGAAUGUCAAAACCAACGGUCGGCCACUGUGGGACUACGAAGCCAACAAGCUAAUCAAGACCUAUUGGCAUACGUUUUUCCAGGACUUCGAAACACUGGCUAUCGUCGGCAUGCCGCGCACGCUGACCUUCCGCAGCUUCGAGUACCAAGCUAUUGCCAUUGCGAGGCUUUUCGCGGGGAGGAACGCGUUACCGCUUCCACGGCUGAAGGAGCAGGAGAAGUGGGAGAUGGACAGGGCGCGACGGACGAAAGCCGAGGGGAAGAAGUUUCACGAUAUCCCGUGGGAUGAGGGACAGACGAUUGAAUGGCUAGAUGGACUGUUUAGGAUUGCAGGGCUGGGGACCAUUAGAGGUGAGGGGUUGGUGCCGCCAGCAUUGAGCAAAGAGUUGAUAUGGGCGGUUGAGCAUCUGAGGAAGUAUCCAGAGGACCCGGAUGAACAUGGAGAGAAGGGAAACGACGAGGAUCAUGCUGGUCGAAGGGAAGGUUCAGAGGGUGGCUGGGUCGUAGUGCAAAGGGAGAAACUGCCGCUGGGUGGCGUACUGCCGUAG